AGUUCCCGUCUGUGAUCGACCAGAUACUGGAGUUUAGUGAAAGCGCACAGCAACGAGGAGCCGUAUGGAAUAUCGUAUGCCGCCAUAGAACAAAGUACACUUCCUCCCUCACUCCAACCUCUUCUGUAUUCAGCGACCACAUCGUAUAGCGAGGCAACAUGGCGGGCAUCUUCGAGCAACCGCGCAACGCCGGCACCCUCUUCCUCGGCGGCCAGAAGAUCUCCGGGCAGGACAUUCGUGACCAGAAUGUACUCGCCACCCAAGCCAUCGCCAACAUUGUCAAGUCCUCCUUUGGCCCCUCCGGGCUUGACAAGAUGAUGGUGGACGAUAUCGGCGACGUAACAGUGACCAACGACGGUGCCACCAUCCUCAGUCUCCUCAGCGUCGACCACCCGGCCGGCAAGAUCCUCGUCGACCUCGCGCAACAACAAGACAAAGAAGUCGGCGACGGCACCACCAGCGUCGUCCUCAUCGCCGCCGAACUACUACGCCGAGCAAACGAGCUAAUGCGAAUGCGCAUCCACCCCACCACAGUCAUAACCGGGUACCGCCUUGCCCUCCGCGAAGCAGUCCGGUACAUGAACGACAACAUCAGCCUCAAAGUCGACUCCUUAGGCCGCGAAUCCCUCCUUAACAUCGCCCGCACCAGCAUGUCCUCUAAAAUCAUCGGCGCCGACUCCGACUUCUUCGCCAACCUCGUCGUCGACGCCAUCACCAGCGUCAAAACCACAAACGCCCGCGCCGAAGUCAAAUACCCCGUCAAAGCCGUCAACGUCCUGAAAGCGCACGGUAAAUCCGCAACCGAGUCCGUGUUGGUGAAAGGCUACGCAUUGAACUGCACAGUUGCGUCGCAGGCCAUGAGGACAAGAAUCACCGACGCCAAGAUCGCGAUAUUGGACAUGAAUCUCCAAAAAGAACGCAUGAAAAUGGGCGUCAACGUCGUUAUCGACGAUCCGGCGCAACUCGAGAAAAUCCGCGAGCGCGAAUCCUCCCUCGUCAUCGAACGCGUGGAAAUGAUCCUCAAAUCCGGCGCCAACGUCAUCCUCACCACCAAGGGCAUCGACGACCUCUGCCUCAAGCAUUUCGUCGAGAAGAACGCGAUGGCUGUGCGACGGUGUAAGAAGGAGGAUCUUCGACGUAUUGCGAAGGCGACAGGGGCGACGAUGGUCAGUACGUUGGCGGAUAUGAACGGGGACGAGGUGUUUGAGAAGAGCAAUUUGGGGUCUGCGGAGGAGGUGGUGCAAGAAAGAAUCAGCGACGACGAAUGCAUUCUCGUCAAGGGACCGAAAGUACACACAGCCGCCUCGAUUAUUCUGCGAGGACCGAAUGAGUAUUCGUUGGAUGAGAUGGAGAGGUCCGUCCACGACUCCCUCUCCGCCGUCAAGCGGACGCUGGAAUCUGGGAGGAUUGUGCCAGGUGGUGGCGCGGUGGAGACGGCCCUACACAUAUAUCUCGAGGAGUGGGCUACCAGCGUCGGUUCGAGAGAACAACUCUCCAUCGCCGCGUUCGCCGCCGCCCUCCUCACCGUCCCCACCACACUCGCCGUAAACGCCGCGAAAGACUCCGCGGAACUCGUCGCCCAACUCCGUUCCCGCCACGCACUCUCCCAACGAACCGCCGAUCCCGCGCCCUCAUCACAUGCACCUGCGAAUGCUGCGACGCCGCCGAAUCCGCAACGGACGUCAUCGGCACAACAGGUCUACGACGCCGACGCCAAAGCCCUAGCAAAAGCCAAGGGCUACAAGAACUACGGCCUCGACCUGACGAAAGGACGCGUGCACGACUGCGUGAAAGCUGGCGUGCUGGAACCCAGUAUGAGUAAAGUCAAGCAGUUGAAAAGUGCGGUGGAGGCUUGUGUGGCGAUUAUGAGGAUAGAUACGCUGAUUAAGCUUGACCCGGAGCAGAGGGGAGGCGGUGGAGGGGAGGACGGGCAUGGGGAUAUGUAAGCUUCCUCUGACUACCACUUGAGGACGAGUACGGUGCUUCCUUGCAUUGAGCGAUGGCGUUGCCAUUAAUGGCAAGGAUGUGCAUGUAUGUGCUUAUGCUACAGUACAGACUACGAAAGAUACAAGGUUAUGUCACGUAAGAAUGACAGACAGACAGCCAGCCAACGGUUCAUCUGAUCAUCAGCAGCAGUACUUUUUACCCACCCAAAACGCCUUGCACCCCAUCUACCCACUCCUCAUCAACAGUGUUGCUUAUUAACCCUCCCGAAUCUGACAUCUCAACCCCACCACCUCCCUCCGCAACCUCGCCUUCUCCCUCCUCUCCCUCCCCACCUCCUCCUGCGCCUCCCUUAACUGCCUCCUCAGCUCUUCCACCCCAUCCCCACCCCUUACCACCCCCAAAACCCGCCCCAAC